UGUAUAUAUAUAGACACAAUUAAACCCAAGAGCUACAACAAACAUUAAAACUCAUCUAUCUCUUGCUCUCUCUGUCUCUCAUCAUCAUCAUCUUUGGCCAUGGCAAAGGACUUGGAGGUGCAAGAGAGGGGAGCAACGGCGGCGAGAGAUUACGUUGAUCCGCCUCCGGCGCCUUUGUUAGACAUGGAGGAACUUGGGAAGUGGUCGCUCUACAGAGCGGUCAUAGCUGAGUUUGUGGCGACACUUCUCUUCCUUUACGUCUCAGUCCUCACCGUAAUCGGCUACAAAGCUCAGACCGACGCAAACGCGGGAGGAGUUGAUUGCGGCGGUGUAGGAAUAUUGGGGAUUGCGUGGGCUUUCGGUGGAAUGAUUUUUGUUCUCGUUUACUGUACCGCCGGUGUCUCCGGUGGUCAUAUAAAUCCGGCUGUUACGUUCGGAUUGUUCUUAGCUAGAAAAGUCUCAUUGGUGCGGACAGUGUUAUACAUUGUGGCUCAGUGCCUUGGUGCCAUCUGCGGUUGCGGUCUUGUCAAAGCAUUCCAAAGUUCUUACUACACCAGAUAUGGAGGUGGAGCUAAUGAGCUAGCUGACGGCUACAACAAAGGAACUGGACUCGGUGCGGAGAUCAUCGGGACAUUUGUCCUAGUCUACACCGUUUUCUCGGCCACAGAUCCCAAGCGAAGCGCACGUGACUCUCACAUUCCUGUUUUGGCGCCACUUCCUAUUGGUUUUGCCGUCUUCAUGGUUCACUUAGCCACCAUUCCCAUCACCGGAACCGGAAUCAACCCGGCUCGUAGCUUCGGAGCUGCAGUUAUCUACAACCAAGAAAAGGCCUGGGACGACCAAUGGAUCUUUUGGGUGGGACCAUUGAUCGGGGCAGCCGCAGCUGCGUUAUACCAUCAGUUUGUUCUAAGAGCAGCUGGGAUUAAAAGUCUUGGCUCCUUUAGGAGCUCUGCUUAAUUUUAAUUGUUUAAAUUAAGCCACAAGUUGAUCUUUAUUCAAAAUGAUAAUUACCACAAAUUCCACAACCAGCAGAAAGAGGAAGUUUACCUGUAUCUUUUUUUUUCUAUGUUCUGUUUUUUUUUGAAUUUCAUGGAAUUUCCCAUUGGUUGUAAAUGUGGUUUUAAUUAAUGUUGCUUUAAGAUAAAUCUCGA